AAGAAGGGAGUGACUCACACACACACAAUGGACUCACAGUGACCAUGCUAGCAGCAGGUGCGUGUUUGUGCAGCUCACACACAGAAACAUUUAGUGUCACUCUGCUGUUGACAUGCUGUUGUCUCCGGGCUGCUAGCAGCUAGCUAACCGUUACCACUGCGCUAACGAGUUAGCAUUGUGAGCUAACCAACAGCCCCGGUAGCUAGCGUUAGCUUAGCACCUGCCUGAGCUGCUGCCUGCGGAUGUGUCUCCUCCUCCUGCUACCAUCGUUACAGCCGAGCAGCGAAUCUGUCCUCACAGGCAACAUGGAGUUCCCCUUUGAUAUCAACCAGCUGUUCCCCGAGAGGGUCUCCAUCUUGGACCAUACCCUCGUUGCAGGUCGUAAAUCAGCAGGAAGGCCAGACCUCCAAGCCCACGUAGCCACAGUUAUAGACGAACUUGGGAGAGCAUCAGCAAAGGCUCAGCAGCUCACAGCGUCUAUAACCAGUGCGUCCAAGCUGCAGUCCCAGAAGCACCAGCUCUACCUGCUGAAGGACGGAGAGAGCAACGGAGGACGCGGUGUGAUCGUGGGGUUUCUCAAGGUCGGAUACAAGAAGUUAUUUCUGCUCGACCAGCAGGGUGUGCACAUAGAGGCUGAGCCACUGUGUGUCCUGGAUUUCUACAUAGCAGAGAACCUGCAGCGACACGGCUACGGGCUGGAGCUGUUUGACUUCAUGCUGCAGCACAAGAAUCUGGAGCCGGUUCAGAUGGCGUACGACAGGCCCUCGCCCAAAUUCCUGUCCUUCCUGGCGAAGCAUUACUGCCUGACACCGAGUGUUCCUCAGGUCAAUAACUUUGUGGUGUUUGAGGGCUUCUUCCUCAACAGAUCAGCGGCCCAGCUGAGAAAGGUUCCCCUCAAAAAGCCCGACGGAGAGAUCAAACCCUAUUCUUUAAUGGAGAGAGAAGUGGUGCGUCAGGAGCAGCGGGCUCGUCCCUGGCCCUUUGCUCCUCCUCACUCCCCCCAGCGGUCGGUAUCCUCCCAGUACUCCCACUCCCUCAGCGUGGGAUCCUCCCCCAGCAGAGCGCCCCCACGAGCCGCCCAGGCCUCUGCCCUCGGGGCCAGCAGGGACCAGAGUCCACAGUCCCCUCACAUCGAGCGCUGCAGGGCAAGACGCACCAGCCAGCAGGGUCUAGUUGCCAGAUGCAGCAUGUACAGUCGGCACAUGGACGGCAGAGCUGCUGGACUGCUGGACCGACCGCUGCCAGCCUCAAGAUCAACGAGCCCAAGAAGGCCCGAAGGCUAAGACGUCAUCAAAAUAAAGAUUAAAACCAGUCACAGAUUUAUUGUAAUUUUUUCUGGUUUUGAUAGAUAUAGAUUUAGAUAUAAAGACUCUGUACACACUUUGUUAACAAGGUUUGUGUCCUCAGAUCCUCUUCAGACACUCCCAGUAUUUUUAGGAUGCACUGAUGAAUGUCUGAGGACCAAAAUAUUCAUGAUAAAGUGCGUGCAGAUGUUUAACAGUGUGCAGGAAUCCUUGGUUUCUUAAUAAGACUUUAUGUUGUGUAAUAACUGUGUCAUAAUUAUUUCCUGCUGGGAUGUAUUCAGAUGCCAAAAUCAUCAUGACUCAAGGGCCACUUAGAGGGUUUGUCGGAGCUUUCAGCUGCAUCUGGUGAUCCUCAUCAGGUGUCGUCACUCAAAUAAUGAUGAGAGGUCGUCUGUGGAAAAUAGGCAGUGACGUCAUGGUGCAUUCUGGGUAUCCAUACUUAAGGACACGCUUCUUAACAGGGACACAAUCAAGAAUCGAUCAGUCACAGUAGAGCUGGGUGAUGUAAUGACUGUACGAUAUUUUGAUAUAUUGUCAAGUAGGGCUGCAACGACUAGUCGACUAAUCGAUGACUAAUCGACUACUAAAAUAAUCGAUGACUAUUUUAGUAAUCGACUAAUCGGUUUGAGCCAUUUUUCAUAUAAAAGUGCCCAAAAUACUCUUAUUGCAGCUUCUUAUGUUCAAAUAUCAGCAGCUUUACACACUCUCCCAUGACGGUGAACUAACAUCUUUCGGCGUGAGCACAAAACAAGACAUUAGAUGACGUCAUUUUGGGGUUUGGGAGAGACAGACCGACAUUUUUCAACAUUUUAACACAUUGUUCAAUAAAAUGAUUAGUUUACUCAUCGAAAAAAUAAUCAACAGAUUAGGUGACAGUGAAAAUAAUCGAUAGUUGCAGCCCUAGUGUCAAGCAAGAUAUAAAUUAGAUAACACUGUUUAUAUCGACACAGGGUCAAGUUGCGUUAGAUAAAGUUUCUUCAUCAACACUCAGAGAGACACAGAGCUGCUCCUCUGUUUCAUCUGUCUGUUCAUUAAGCUAUUAGUUCGUUAGUGCUGCGCUGCAUCAGUCUGUGAGAUGAAUUAAAUGACCACAGUAGCACACGUACACACUGUGGGCCUUUUCUUCUGGAACUCUUGGCCGUAUUGAGUCAAGCUGUACAGCGCCAAUUUGUGUUUCCAUUAUCAGUUAAGACGUGCCGUACCACGUUGAGCUGCGUCAGAGAUUGACCUUCUGUGGAGUAGGUCCAAAAGCCGGCCAGGCUCCUGGAAAUGACCGCCAACAGUAACUGGUAAUGGUCAUUCCCAGAAACGUUCAGCUCCAGUUUGCAGAUUCACAGUUCGGGUUUGUGUCAUUGUUUCCUGUAUGUUCACACCAAAAGCUGCCAGAGCUGCAAAAUAGCUGAAUUCGCUCCAGCAGCACCGCUGGUAAAAUAUCUGUGGCAGCGAAAGCAGCUCAAGUCGCUCAUGGCGUCAAAUUCUGAAUGUUCAAUUAUACUUCUCAGUUUAAAGGAGCCAAAGCAGGUUACUGGCUGGAGCACAGAAAUGUGACUUUGUGCAUUUGCCUGAGAACAGAAACUUUCACGUUUGGACAAUGAAAACAGAAUAAAAGUCUAAACAGGUCUGACAUUAAACAUGAAACACACACAGCCUGUGAUGCGUUCAGGCGUUGUCACGUAAAUAACAAAUUCCAGUACUUGAAUAGGUCGUAGCACAACACAGCAGCAUGUCAAGUGGGCUGAACCUGAACUGAAUAUGAGCAAAAGUUUUAUAUUUGUUAUUCCCCCCAAAGCUGUGAACCCAGGGGAAACACUGUCAGUGGUUUGGAUUCAAGUGCCUACAGUGCGAUUAGUUAAACUGGCGGUAAGGAGAGCAAAUGAAUUGCAUUCCCGCUGAUAACAAGCUUUCCAGAACACAAAGAAAUUGUGUAAGUACGUGUGCUUGUCCACACGUGUGUAUCGAUUCAACAUGGAAGAAGACACUCUUGUAAUUUGUGCUGCUGUGUGGUACCUGCGUGGAUGUAGCUCCUGUCAGGUCUGGGUUCACGAUAUCCUCCGGGGCCGUGAACGGCACGGGGAAUAUCAUGAGCUGGUGCGGGAGCUGCGGCUGGAUGGGGAGACGCUCCAGCGCUACUUCAGGCUGAACAUAUCAGUUUGACAGCUUGCUGCUUGUUUUGAAGUAGGAACAAAUGUGUGGUAGGAACUCAAAGUUUCCGAGGAUGUUCUCUGGGUUCAACACAAGCAAUGAACAUCUACUUUUCAAUAGGUUGCUGGUCAUUUGCAGCUCAAACGCGUCAUAGCUAAUUUGCAUAAAGUUAACCAGUCUUUAAUUUUCAUUUGCAGCUCAGUUUGCCGAACGCCGCCGCUCAUCACUUUUGCAGCUCAAAGCGCCUCUGGUCGCCACUAUCCAUUGAAAAUGAAUUAGACUUGACGCCUUUGCAGCUCUGGCAGCUUUUGGUGUGAACGCACAGUUAGAGAGCAGUUUGUGAUGAUAAACGUUCAACAUUUCACCGUGUUCUCAAGUCAGAUCAGACAUAAAUUCAGCCGUGUCAUCUAAUAGCACUCAGUCUCUACUGUAGCUUCGUGUCCUUAAGUCCCACAAUGCUUUGCUUUGCUCCCUACGACUCACGUCACACUCCUGUUCUCUGUAACAGCUGGUCCACUUCCUGUCAGGCAUUUUAAUGAAUGCUCUGAAAAUAUAAGUGUGUGGGUGUUGAGUUAGAGAAAUGUUGCCACAGUAUUUUUGUGGCAUCACAAAAUAUUAAAGAUUAAAUAUGUUCGACAACAAAGUGUGUCCUCAGCACUGUGCAGUGUUUUCAUCACAGAAAACAGGGGUGAUGUUUAAGUGUCGACUCAGUCAUUAAGCUGUGGUUUCAGGUUUCUUGCUUCAUAAGUGUAAAUUACAGGACACACUGAUGUCAGGCUGAAGUGUCUGUUUAAGGAGCUGUCCUGAUCACAUGUGACGUCCUGCUAACCAGUGGAAACAUUUAGUUUGUGCAGCACAUCCAGGGAGCUCUGCCCGUCCUCAUGUGUUAGUACCUUGUGCGUCCUCAGGUCUGAGACCAGUGGAAGACCAGUCAUGCGCACUGGGACACACAGACACACACAGGUUGGCCAGUAUUCACACACCACAAAGCAGGUAUUUACACGACGGCACUGGACACUGACACGGCACUGUUCACUGUCAGGGAGGUUAACAAGCAUGAGAGAGGAGAACGAGGUGGUUUAGUGACUCUGUGCAGACGCCUGCGGCUCAAACACAUGAGGGAGUGUGAAGGUGUCUGAGAGUGUAACUGUAGAGCCAACCCUAACACACACACAGAAGUGUUUGUGGGUCAUUCGCCCCUUUUCCACCAACAUUUCCAGGAACUUUUAUUACCAGGAAUUUAUUUACCUGGGUAAAAGAAUUCCUGGUAAUCUGUGUGGUUUGUGUUUCCACCGCACCUCAAAGUUCUUGAAGAUACUGAAUAUUGCAUAUUGAAUAUCGCUGUCUACAUGUUUACAUGUUCAUGCUGCUGAACACAUGUAUUGAUAAAGUAUUGGCUUCUUACUCACUAAGGGUUAAUGUCACUUACAGUAACGAGCGCAGCUGCCCAGUCAAUUUUCGAGUUAUCUUCACUUUGGUUCCACCGUGGCCGCUCAGCUGUUCACUGGUUACUCGUAUAGGCGUGUGUGUGUGUGUGUGUGUGUACGUGGAGUAGUUCAGCCCCGGCACAAAAGAACCGAUACCGUUAGCGCUGAUCAGUACUACGGUCUUUGAUCAUGUUGCAUAUCCGACCAAGAACUGACUGAACUUCAGUAUUGCCGCUUUGCUGCCGACCAGGAAUUCUUGUGCGUUUCCAAAGUCAAGCAAACCUAAAAGCAUAAUCUACCAUAGUAGGAGCAUCUGCAACAGUUGUCUUCCAUAACGUUACGCUCUACAUUUUGAAAUAAACAAAUUAUAAGCAUGACUUAAUAUGACCAAGACACCUAAAAGUAAAAACAAAUCUGUUUUCAUGAACUUAAAGCAAGUGUGCGUCAGACAUACUGUAAGUGAAUGGGUUUUCUGGUCGGAAAGGUAAUGCCCGCAUGCACCACUAGAGGGCGCGUGAGGCUUAACUUCAGCAUGCCACAGGAGUCAAUGGAAGUGUCGUCACUCUGGUAUUGUAGGGUCCCACCCCCCUACGAGGUACUUUUUUCAGGGAAAGUUUUUAACUCAGGUAAUUUCGGUGGAAACGGACCGAGGUUUUUCAAAAUCCUGGGUAAUUGAUAAAAGUUCCUGCGGUGGAAAAGGGGCUAAUGUUGGUUGUAGAGUAUGAUCGUUUCUGAAUCAGCUGUGCGCUUUCCCUUAUGUCCAUGACUUCUGUUUUUAGGACAAGCUACCACAAAAAAUUAAGCCAGGAAGUAGUAUUAUGACGCUACGUAAAAAAAAAUGGACCUAGCUACCAUGACGUCACUCAUUAGUUUGUGGGGUAACACUUUACUUGAAGGUAUCUACAUAAGGGUGACGUGACACUGACAUGAACACUUGUCAUAAAGACUGAUGUACAUGUCAUAAAGGUUUAUGGCUGCUGUCAUUAAGUGUC